GUAUUUUGAAUUGGCCGUCUGCGCAUAUAAGAUCAUCUGAGCUGAGUUGCUAGUGGCAAGUUGAGUUGAAGGUUGAAGUAGUCAACUUACACGAUACUUUUGACAGGAAAUGAGUGCCGAAUUAUCUGAGAAAGUUUUAGAUGACAAGAGAUCGUUGCACGAAUCGUUAAUGGAAUUGUCCGUCGUCGAUAAUGGAACCGUUGGAACUGAUAGCAAAGAUUCGAGUAGGACAAAGGUUAGAGAUCUUGAAAAAAAAAGAGAUGAUUACUUAGAGUGGCCAGAAUACUUCAUGGCUGUUGCCUUUCUUGCUGCAAUGAGAAGCAAAGAUCCAUGUACACAAGUUGGAGCGUGCAUAACUGACUCAAAUAACAGAAUUGUAGGUGUUGGUUAUAAUGGAAUGCCUAUUGGUUGCAGUGACGAAAUUUUGCCUUGGGGAAAAAAUUCUUCUCAACCACUUGAAACCAAGUAUAUGUAUGUAUGCCAUGCUGAAAUGAAUGCAAUUAUGAAUAAAAAUACUGCAGAUUUAAGAGGCUGUACAUUGUACGUGGCCCUUUUUCCAUGCAAUGAGUGUGCCAAAUUAAUCAUCCAGGCUGGAAUUAAACAAGUUGUGUACAUGUCUGACAAACAUAAAAACAAGCCAUCCACUGAAGCAUCUAAAAUGAUGUUCAGUAUGGCAGGUGUUAAGUGUCAACAGUUUGUGCCAAAGAAUUCUAAAAUUGUGAUUGAUUUUGAAGAAAUUGACUGGAACAUAUCAAUUUAACUAAAGUAGAAUUUAAAAGAUAAUUUCAAUGCUCUGACAAUGAUAUCUCAUCAAACUUGGUAAAACUGUUUUUCCUAUUUUUAACGUACAUUAAAACCUGGUUGUUUUAUCUAAUACAUUAGCUUGACGAUA